UACUAUAACAUUAUAUAAAAUUAUUAUAAUUUAAGUUAACAUUUUUCGGUAUUAAUUUUAAAAUUAUGAAUCUGAAAGGUUUCGGCAACGCUGUGGUGAUGGGUGUGGCUGUGGGGGUGAGCAGUGUGGUGACGGUGGGCGCCUUGCUCGCCAUCAUAGGCUGGUGCAUCACCCGCCGCAGCAAGGAUGACAAGAGUGGCGGCUCCCCAGCCUUCUCCGAGCACGAGCAGGUGCUGUUGGACCUGCUAGUGACGCCCUCCGAUCUCAAGGUGGAGUUCGUGGACAUCGGUGGGUGCGGGAAGGUGGUACAGGAGAUCCAAAACCAGGUGGUUCUUCCCCUGGUGUACGCCAGAUACCACGGUUUACACUCACAGAUUAUGCCUCCCAAGGGUGUCCUUCUCCAUGGUCCUCCCGGAUGCGGUAAAACGCUAAUCGCCAAAAUCUUGGCAAAGGAGCUAGACGCCAAGUUUUUGCUAGUUAACUUCGCUAGUAUCAGAAACAAAUGGCUAGGUGAGACCGAAAAGUUGGCGACAGCCGUCUUCACUUUAGCAUACAAGCUCCAGCCGACUGUGAUAUUCUUAGACGAGAUUGAUGCAUGGUUGGGAACCCGCACGGAGUAUGAGAGUACCGUGGAUGCGGCUAUGAAAGCCGUCUUCUUGACUAUGUGGGACGGUCUCCUCACCGACCAGUCCGCUCAUGUAUUAGUGCUGGCAGCCACUAACAGGCUAGACGCUGUUGACCCCGCUGUCCUCCGCCGUCUACCACUACAGUUUUACAUUCCUAAACCCGAUGAGAAGGAACGACAGGAAAUAUUAAAGGUCUUGCUGAAGGCCUGUCCUCUAGCCCAGGACGUGGACCUGGCAGAAAUAGCCAGAAUAACAGACGGGUUUACGGGCUCCGACCUGAAGGAAGUGUGCCGGUACGCCGCCAUGUAUCGUUUGGUCGACUACAUGGAGAACCAUUGUGACCCCAAACUGGCACUUCCUGGGGAGAGCCAAACCGCCUUCCACCUGCGGCACCAUCACCAAGAGAUGAAGCCUCUUUCCAUGAAGUAUCUGCUCCGGGGCGUCAAGAUGAGCCGCCUGCCAACCUAUGAUCAAUUCGCGGUUGCUCACCUCUACAUCUGAGCAUCAGACUCCUCAAAAUUUUGAAUUCUUUUUCUUUA